GCAUGAAGACGAGCCGCCGCGGCCGAGCGCUCCUGGCCGUGGCCCUGAACCUGCUGGCGCUGCUCUUCGCUACCACCGCCUUCCUCACCACGCACUGGUGCCAGGGCACGCAGCGGGUCCCCAAGCCCGGCUGCGGCCAGGGCGGGAGCGCCAACUGCCCCAACUCGGGCGCCAACGCCACGGCCAACGGCACCGCCGCCCCCGCCGCCGCCGCUGCCGCCGCCGCCGCCGCGGGGAACGGCCCCCCUGGCGGCGCGCUCUACAGCUGGGAGACUGGCGACGACCGCUUCCUCUUCAGGAAUUUCCACACCGGCAUCUGGUACUCGUGCGAGGAGGAGCUCGGCGGGCUCGGUGAAAAAUGUCGCAGCUUCAUUGACCUGGCCCCAGCAUCGGAGAAGGGGGUCCUGUGGCUGUCGGUGGUGUCCGAGGUGCUGUACAUCCUGCUGCUGGUGGUCGGCUUCAGCCUCAUGUGUCUCGAGCUCUUCCACUCCAGCAAUGUCAUCGACGGGCUCAAGCUCAACGCCUUCGCCGCUGUCUUCACGGUGCUGUCCGGCCUCCUGGGAAUGGUAGCCCACAUGAUGUACACACAGGUGUUCCAGGUCACCGUGAGCCUUGGCCCUGAAGACUGGAGACCCCACUCCUGGGACUACGGAUGGUCCUUCUGCCUGGCGUGGGGCUCCUUUACCUGCUGCAUGGCAGCCUCUGUCACCACACUCAACUCCUACACCAAGACGGUCAUUGAGUUCCGGCACAAGCGCAAGGUCUUUGAGCAGGGCUACCGAGAGGAGCCGACCUUCAUAGACCCUGAGGCCAUCAAGUACUUCCGGGAGAGGAUCGAGAAGGGAGAUGGGCUUGAGGAGGAAGACCUUCACUUAGACUGUCGCCAUGGGAGACACCCUGCCCGACACCACCCGCACAUGGGAGAUUCCUGGCCACGGAGCUCCACGCACGAGAUGCCAGAGCUGAACCGUCAGUGCUGGGUCCUGGGGCACUGGGUGUGACCGAGACCCAGCCUGGCUCCCAGACCUCAGGCUGUCGUCGGAACCGGCCCCCUGCCAGAGGACCACUGGCCCGGCGCUCCUGGAGACCUGGCCCGUGUGCUGUGAACUCUGCCAGCCUGUGUGGGAGACGCAGGCCUACCCUUCCCGCCGCUGUCUGGGACUCAGGGCCCUGGAAGUCGAGCCGGGGUGGCCCCAGGGAAUGCGCAGGGCCGCACACGGCAACUUUGGGACAGCAGCUCCUGACUCUUGCUGCCGUCACAGGCGGCGCCCUGUUUGGUGCAGCUGGGGUGCCAGGAAAGUCAAGGUCAUCGGCUCUGCAGCUGGGAUGCCAGGAAAGUCAAGGUCAUCAUCGGCCACUGAGAGCCGGCCAGGAAGUUCAGGAGGUGCUGGGCGAUGGGAAGCCCCGCACGAGGCAGGGAGCGGGUGGGGCCUCCUGGCACUGGGUCCGCAGGGGGGUCGCACAGCAGGCACAUGGCAGGGCCACAAUAAAUGCUUGUUGAACCUGUUUC